AUGUCCGCAUCGACAUUUGCAAUCCUCAGCAAGGCGCGCCGCCUCAUACCGCCCAUGUCGGAGAAGUUUCACAAAGGACAACUCGGUAGAGUAGCCGUUAUUGGAGGCUGUCAAGACUACACUGGCGCACCCUACUUUUCUGCUAUGGCGAGCGCGAGACUCGGCUGUGAUAUGUCACACGUCAUCUGCACACCGGCGGCAGCAACCGUCAUUAAAACAUAUUCACCAAAUCUAAUGGUACACCCUCUCAUGAGGCAAACGUCAUCGUCGACCAGUAACGACACCACCAAGGACGACACCAAUAUGGACGCGAUUGCCAAGAACGUCAUUGAUAUGCUCUCCCGAAUCCAUGUACUAGUCGUAGGACCUGGACUAGGUCGCGAUAAGUUGAUGCAGGACACAGCAUCUCGUGUGAUUAAGGCUGCUCGAGAGAGAAACAUGCCGGUGGUCAUCGACGCGGAUGCUCUUCUGAUUGUUCAAUCCGACAUGGACAUCAUUCGAGGGUAUGGGCAGGCAGUCCUCACACCAAAUGUCGUUGAAUUCGAGAGAUUGUGCAAAGCAGCCAACAUUAAUUCUCUAGAUUCCGUCAAAGACACGCAAAAGGUAGAAACAUUGGCAAAGGCACUUGGUGGCGUUACAAUCAUUCAAAAGGGCCUCAAAGAUUACAUUUCAAACGGAUCAACAACGCUCGUUAAUGAUUUGGAAGGCGGUAGAAAGCGAAGUGGAGGCCAAGGUGAUACUUUGACAGGAACAGUCGCAACAUUUCUUGCUUGGAGAAAGGCAUACAUGGACGGUCUCUGGCGCGAUGACAACAAGCAACCUUUGGCCCCAGAUGAAAUGCUGGGCCUGGCUGCUUUUGCUGGCAGUGCCAUAACAAGAGAAUGCUCCCGCCUUGCCUUUCUGAAGAGAGGUCGAAGUUUACAAGCGAGUGAUUUGACUGACGAAAUACACAACGCGUUUAUGGGUCUAUUUGGGGAAGUAGACGAUGAAAAAGGCUCGUCUAGGCUUUAG